AUGCAAUCCCUCCGGCAAUCUAGACACCUGUUGAGCGCAGUCAGGGCGCAGGUGGAGCGGGAUCAAGACAGGGCACGAUUGAGGACCCUCGACGCCGAAGACAGCGAGCGGCCAGCGGCAACCAGCGAGGGCCAAGCCGAUCCGAAGAAAACCGCCAAGGAUGCCGAGUCACAACGCCGCCAGUCCGCCGAGUCCAUCCCGCGCCCCCCUUCGUCAAGCAGCAGCAACUCAGGCACUUCUGAGCAAGACUCCAAUGCCGCACAGCGCGUGGCCACCGCUGCCACGCAGUACACUGCUCGUGCGGCCCUGGGCCACUCGCUGACGGGUGUGCAUGCGAGAGACCGCCGCACUCAUGAAGGCAAAGGCGAACAAGUCUUCGUGGUGGGCUGGGAGGGCCCCGAUGACCCAUUGAACCCUAGGAAUUGGCCGUACACGCGCCGCGUGAGUUGCACACUACAGAUCUCACUUAUCGCCGCCGCCGUAGGCGCAGCAUCCGGCAUCGAUGCCACGGUCCUCCCACAGGCAGCCGAGUCCCUCGGCGUAAGCGAAGUCUCCGAGUCGCUGGCCACAGGUCUAUACCUCAUUGGCAUGGGCAUGGGCAGCCUGGUCGCUGGCCCGUUCUCCGAGACGUUCGGCCGCAAUGCUGUUUACAUCGGGUCCAUGGCCGUGUUCAUGAUCUGGAUCAUGGCGUCCGGCCUGGCGCCUAACUUCGGCGCGCAGAUUGUCUUCCGCUUCUUUGCUGGGUGCUCGGCUUCGACUCCGCUUGUUUGUUCCGGCGGGAGCGUGUCGGAUAUGUUUGACAGCAUUGAAAAGACGUGGGCCUUCCCAUUGUAUGCGAUUGCUGCGUUUGGGGGGCCUAUGCUCGGCGCCGUUAUGGGUGCGUAUAUUGGGCCCUCGACGGUCGUAAGCUGGCGGUGGACCGAGUGGACGAUGUUGAUCCUUUCUGGGCUGGUGGUCUGCUGGGUGUUCCUGCUCAUGCCUGAGACCUACUCGCCCCUGCUGCUGAGGUGGAAGGCGAAGCACCUGCGACGUGUGACGGGAGACAAUCGUUUUCGAUCGGAACAUGAGAUUGUCAAAGCGACGCUCUUCAGCCGGCUCAAGGUCAGCAUGACGAGACCGUUCCUCAUGUUUACCGAGCCAAUUAUCCUCGCUAUGACCGUGUACCUGUCGGUUGUGUACAUCGUGUUAUUCACUUUCCUUAUUGGAUGGCCCUACAUCUUCGAGUACACUUACGGCAUCUCCCAAGGACUGAGUAACAUCAUCUUCAUCUCGAUGUUCGUCGGCCUCCAAUUCAGCUUCCUGCUCAUACCAAUCGUCUACCGGAUGACGUUGAAGCAGGUCAAGUUAGCCGAGUCCCGCGGCGAAGGACAGCAAUUCAACCCAGAAAUACGUUUGUGGUACGCCAUGCUCGGCCCAGCCGUGAGCAUCCCCGUCUCACUCUUCUGGAUGGGCUGGACCGCCAGCCCAAACGUCAGCAUCUGGUCGCCCAUCCUCGCUGUUACGCUUUUCGGUUUUGGCGUUAUGGGUAUUUUUAUCUGUGCGUACAUGUAUGUGAUCGACUCAUACGAGAUGUUCUCAGCGUCGGCUUUGACCUUCACUGCGCUGGUGCGAUACGUCGCUGCUGGUGGGAUGACGGUCGUGGGAAUCCCGUUCUACACCAACAUGGGCGUGCACUAUACUUUGACGAUACUGGCGUGCAUUUCUUGUGUGCUUGUACCCGUCCCAUACGCGCUGUACAAGUGGGGGUAUAUGCUGCGAAAGAGGAGCAAGUAUGCCGUGUCUCGUGAGAUCUAG